AUGGAGUCUCUCUCAUAUGUCGAAAACAACCAGAGAUCGAUUUGAAUAUGAUGCUGUGGGUGCCUCAUCGAGCGAGUCCAGACGCCGUCGAACCGGCCGUAUCGUUGGGGCCUCGUCUCCAACAUCUCCCCUCAGCAGCGUCACCCUCGGGCAAAUCCAUCCUAGGCUCCAGACGCCGGGGCGCAGAUUACUACCGUCAAUUCGGCCUGUGACAAUUGGAAGAGCAAAGAGUGAAUGAUGCAAUCAAGAACACCCCCCCUUGGAUCGAACGCCAAAUCUCCCAUUUUUCGUCCGGUUUCGACUUCCGUGUCUGCUAACGCACUUUAAAUGUAGCCUUUUGCCUCUGGACCACGCCACCAAAGAAAUGAACAUUUAACACCACCAAGCAUUCGUUUUAUUUUUGCCCAUUGUUUCUCGCGCAAUCUUCGAUACCCGUUCCCAGAUCCCCGAUCUUCCCCAUCUGUCCUCUAGGAUCAAGCGUGAUUUGCCAUCAGGGUGCCCUUUGGGUUCUAGUUGACGGAGGCACAUGCUCUGAGCUAUGACCGAAGACCGACCUUACGAACUCGUUCUGCUAGGCGCCACGGGCUACACAGGCACGCUCACCGCGGAGUACAUCCAAGAGCACUGCCCGACAGACCUGAAGUGGGCGAUUGCGGGUCGCAAUGGCAAGCGGCUGUACGAGAUAGCGGAAGAGCUCAAGAAACUCAACCCGGACCGCAUCCAACCGGCUGUGGAAGUGGUUGAGGUGAAGAACCCGGAGCUGACGGCGCUGGCCGCGAAGACCAAGGUGCUGAUCACGACGGUCGGCCCGUACGCGAAGUUUGGCGAGCCGGUCGUCAAGGCCUGCGUUGAUGCGGGCACGCACUACCUAGAUGUGUACGUUUUGCGCUUCCCUUCCUUCUUUCGUGGCUGUUUGCUUUAUUUGAUGCACACACACGGAUACGUACAUUCUCCCGUCUUUACGUAUACACAUAGUGCACAUACUUGUUGCCCCUUUCAAAGGCGCUUGAGCGACCGCGAAGGAAUAAGAUGCUGACUGGCUCGACUGGGAGUGCAGCACGGGCGAGAUCCCGUUCACGUACGACAUGAUGCAGAAGUACGAUGCGGCGGCGAAGGCGAAGGGGGUGUGCAUCGUGCCGCACUGCGGCAUUGACUCGGUGCCGUCCGACAUGAUGGCAUACCUGUGCGCCAAGGCAGCCCGCGAGCACUGCAACGUCGGCAUCCGCGACUGCGUGAACUCGAUCCAGAAGAUCUCGUUCAAGGCCUCUGGCGGCACGUCACACACGGCCAUCGGCCUCGUCGAGGCGUACCCGCUGCGCUUCCUGGCGGCGUCGCUGCGACCUACCGCUCUGUGCCCCAUCCCCGCACCAAAAGUCAAGCCGUCCACAACGGGCGUGCUGCCGUCGGUGCUCGGCUGGCGACACGUCAAGGACCUCGGCCUGCUGACAGACUCGCCGUCCGCCGGCGCCGACGUCGGCAUCGUGUACCGGUCUUGGGCUCUUCUCGAUGGCGGCAGGUACUACGGUCCCAACUUCUCCUUCACGGAAUACCUUCGCACUCCCAACGUCAUAACCGGCAUGCUCACGCACUACCUGCUCGGCCUGGCUCUGUUCGCGCUGUACCUACGCCCCUUCCGCUGGCUGCUGCGUCGCUUCGCCUACGUCCAGGGCACAGGCCAGGACCGCCAGGAGGCGAACAAGGGGAGGCUCGUAUUCAAGGCUGUCGCCACCGCCGACGAGCCCCGCAAGCGCAGGACCUUUGCCUCCUUCGAAUACAACGGCGCAGGCUACUACAUGACCGGCAUCACCCUCGUCGAGGCCGCCAUGGUCCUACUCAGGGACGGAGACGUGCUCGGAAAGAGGCUCGCCGGCAUGAUCACCACCGCCACGUUGGGCUACGGCUACGUCGAGCGGCUGCGCAAGGCCGGCAUCAAGCUUGAGUACGGCAUGCUUGACCCCUGACCUCUCGCUCGUUUUCGACGGACUCUUUUCGUCUUUUUUUUUCCCCUUCCAACGACGCGAGGAUGAGGACCGCCCGUUUGUCGCCCCGUCUCUGGGCCGCGGAUUUUUCUUCUUUCUUCCUGCUCACCCUUUUUCGCUUCUCAAAGUCUACGAUCCUUUGCUGCGUCGGGACAUGCGGAUGCGGAGAGAGGAACGACCAGUGCACUGUACGCAGCUUUCAGGUUCUAUCCUUGUGCAUAUUUAGAUCCAAGGACGUGUCAAACCUCGCAGAUUACAAACACAUGCGCGCACACAUAUGCUUACGUAUAUAUCUAUAUUCAAACAAGCCAAUAAAUCGUUUUGUGAAAA